GGGGAAAGUGCCGGCUCUAGGGGAAUUGUGGCGACUGCGAGACAAUGAACUCACAGCGGCAUUUCCUCAAACAGUUGAUAGGCAGGACAAAGAGCCACUCUAUGCUCUCCGUUGCUAUUUCAUUACAGCUCAGAAUAUGCCUCCCAUUCUCUUCAUCGGCAGCGCCCACUGCUACGCCAAUCCUAACUGAUCGAAAGAAAAGUCUCUACACCUCGUUUUUCUGCACACUUGUCCAUCUAUUCCUUCGAUGCCAUCGCCUUUCUAGAGCCACGGAAACGUUCUCUUCAAUGAGAAAUUACAAUCUUGUCCCCGACCUUCCUUCUUGGAACCGUCUCUUGCAUCAUUUCAAUUCUGCAGGUUUGGUUGAUCAGGUAAUUAUCCUUUAUUCUGAUAUGCUUUCUUGUGGAGUGGAACCUAAUGUGGUUACUCGCAAUAUAGUCUUGCAUUCGCUUUGCAAAGUUGGAAAACUUGAAAAAGCGCUUGAAUUACUUAGAGAGAACGAAAGUGACACCGUUACUUAUAACACUUUGAUAUGGGGGUUCUGCAGAAUUGGGUUUGUGGAAAUGGGUUUUGGAUUGGUGUCUGAUAUGUUGAAGAAUGGUAUUUUCAUUGACACUAUCACUUGUAAUAUAUUAAUUAAGGGGUUUUGUGAUAAGGGUCUUAUGUAUAAUGCAGAAUUGGUGAUGGAAAUGAUGAGUGAUAAACAUAGGGGCUUUUGUAAAGAUGUUGUCGGUUUUAACACUCUGAUUCAUGGAUAUUGUAAGGCUGUUGAGAUGAGUGGUUGUUUUGAGAUAAUGGAGAGGAUGAAAAGAGAAGGUUUAUCACCUGACAUAGUUACAUAUAAUACUCUGAUUAAUGGUUUCAGCAUAAUGGGAGACUUUGAUGCUGCAAAUUGUAUCAUGGAUGAGCUCUUGGACUCUUUUGGAAAUAUAGAUGUUAGUUAUAUCAGUGAUGAAGAAAAACAUGACUCUGCUGAUGGUGAAAAUAAGAGCCUGGUAGUUGGAGACUUGGCUUUAGAACCAAAUAUUAUUACAUACACCACAUUGAUUAGUAAAUAUGUUAAGUGGUUUCAGUUUGAGAAAGCAUUUGCAACAUAUGAAGAAAUGACAAGGCGUGGCUUCUUCCAUGACAUUGUUACUUAUAAUUCCCUUAUAUAUGGCCUUUGUAAAUGUGGGCGGUUGCAUGAGGCCAAAUUACUUCUUGAUGAGAUGAGAAAAGUGGGUGUGGAUCCUAAUCAUGUGACAUACUCUAUUUUUAUUCAUCACUUGUACAAAAAUAGGGCUGAAAAAGUUGCUGCUAACUUCCAAAGUCAAAUAGUGAUUAGAGGGGUGUCUUUCGAUGUCGUCUUGUUUACCUCUUUGAUAAAUGGGCUUUUUAAAGUUGGAAAAUCCAGGGAGGCAAAAGACAUGUUUCAGACACUCUUGAAGUCUAACAUAACUCCAAAUCAUAUUACCUAUACUGCAUUAGUUGAUGGGCACUGCAAAUCUGGUGACUUAAAGAGUGUAGAGAUUUUACUGCAACAAAUGGAACAGAAAGGUGUUUUACCAAAUGUCGUCACAUUCUCUUCUGUAAUUAAUGGUUAUGCCAAAAAGGGAAUGGUUGAUGCAGCUAUUGAAAUAAUGAGGAAAAUGGUAAGCAUAAAUGUUAGUCCUAAUGUUUUCACAUACAAUACCCUGAUUGAUGGCUGCUUUAAGGCUGGUAAACAUGAUAUGGCACUUGCUCUGUAUGAGGAAAUGCAGUCGAAUGGUGUUGAGGAAAAUGAAUUCUUGUUAGAUACAUUUGUGAAUAAUUUGAAAAAACUGGGUAAAAUGGAUGAAGCGGAGGCCAUUUUUAUGGAUAUGGUAUCUAAGGGUUUGUCACCCGAUAAUGUUAAUUACACAUCAUUGAUGGAUGGACUCUUUAAAAGAGGGAAGGAGUCAGAUGCUCUUCAAUUGGUCGAAGAGAUGAAAGAGAAAAAAAUAUGCUUUGACACAAUAGCAUGCAAUGUACUGCUUAACGGUUUAUUGGGAAUUGGUCAGUAUGAGGUACAGUCUGUUUAUGCUGAAAUUAGGAAAUUUGGUCUAGUUCCAGAUAUUCAAACUUUCAAUUCUUUAAUUGAUGCUUACUGCAAAGAGGGGAAGCUGGAAAGUGCUUUCAAACUCUGGGUUGAAAUGAAGAGCUGCGGGAUGAUGCCUAAUUCAAUCACUUGUAAUAUAUUGGUGAAAGGACUUUGUGAAGUAGGUGAUAUCGAAAAAGCAAUGGAUUUGUUAACGGAAGUCGUGACAAUUGGUUUUUGUCCUUCACCAGCUAUUCACAAAAUUGUUCUCGAUGCUGCUUCAGGCCAUAGAAGAGCAGAUAUAAUCCUGAGAAUGCAUGAGCGGCUUGUAGGCAUGGGACUUAAGCUUGAUCAGACUGUUCACAACACUCUUAUUGCUGUUUUAUGCAAGCUAGGGAUGACCAGAAAGGCAACGUCAGUUCUAGAAAAUAUGAGAGAAAGAGGAUUUUCAGCUGAUACGACCACUUAUAAUGCCUUCAUUCGUGGAUAUUGCAAAAGUUACCAAUUUCAAAAGGUUUUUGCAACAUAUUCUGAGAUGCUGGCUGAAGGAAUUCCUCCUAAUGUUGGAACAUACAACACUAUGUUAGCAUCUCUGUCAGCUGUUGGACUGAUGAAUGAAGCAGCUGAUUUGUUCAAUGAAAUGAAGGGAAGGGGUUUUGUCCCUAAUGCUAAUACAUAUGACAUUUUAGUCUCUGGCCAUGGGAAAAUUGGAAAUAAAAAGGAAUCCAUCAAACAUUACUGUGAGAUGAUUACAAAAGGUUUCGUUCCUCGCACUAGUACCUAUAAUGUACUCAUCUUUGACUUUGCAAAGGCGGGAAAUAUGAGACAGGCCCAGGAACUAAUGCACGAGAUGCAAGUCAGAGGGGUAAUACCAAAUUCUUCAACAUAUGACAUACUUCUAGUUGGAUGGUGCAAGCUAUCAAAAAGGCCAGAGCUUGAAAGGUCAUUGAGACUGUCAUGCCGGAGUGAGGUUAGAAAGUUACUUGAAGAGAUGAAAGAUAAAGGUUUCACUCCAAAAGAAACCACCCUUUGUUAUAUCAAUCCCAGUUUUUCAAAAUCGGGAGAAAAUGAUACAGAAUGGUGGUUGAGCAGAUGGCGCAAGACAAAGCAGAGUUGAUUCUUGAAAAAAUAAGAGGAUGGAAUUUCUAUUAUUUUUUUGGUGUCUCUCUUGAAACAUCAGGUUAAGUGAUGUGAAUGAGAGAACUGAGCAGAUGAGAAGAAACAAACAAAGCAAAGGACCUGAAGAAAAAUCAGGACAUUUAUAUAUGCUUUUCAAGAAUUUUCGUUUUCUUUUUUUAAUUUCCCACACAACUUGUGACAACCUACAGCAGAAAUAUGACGGUUCAUUGGGGAAUAUGGGGUAAUUUGGUAUGCAGAAAAAGUGCUAAUGAGUAAUGACAACAAUGAUGCUUCAAUCCCCAAGGACCAAACUAGUCGGGUCAAUUAUAUGAUAUGCUUGAGUCAAUUUUAAUUGCUCCUCUUGUAAAAGGAAGACAAAGACUUGACAUGAUUUUUCUAAAUAUAGAGCCAACAUGAUGAGAGCUUGAAGCAAAGUUUCGAGGAAAAGUCUGCACUUGAAGCUAAAUGCCAGAACCUGUAUGAACCAUUGAAUACGGUGAGAGAUGUUUACAACUUCUUGGCGGACUGCAAUGAAGACUAAUGAUAUAUGCGUAGAGGAGAUCCUACAGCAUGAUGAAGACACUUUGAAUUACCUCAAGAUGUCAAGUGGUUAUCUAAAGGGUUUUAAGUUUCACUUCUCUUUGAUACAUAACCUUUUCUCAAGAAUCCUGUCUUCACUAAACCUAUCAUAUGAUUGAUGAUGAUGAGCAUAUAUCAGAGAAGGCCUUAGGGACCGACAUUUGAAUGGUACUAUCCAGGUAAAGGCUUGACUCACAAGAUCCUAAAAGGGAAUUCAAAGAAGGGGUCAAAAGAUGCUAAACCCAUAAUUUGGACCGGUAUCUGCAAAAGCUUUUUCAAUACCUUUAAUCCUCCACAGAUUGGCAAAGAUGAUGAUGACAAUAAUGAAGAUGUUGCUGAAGACCUCCAGAAUCUAAUGGGAGAAAAUACGACAUUGGGUCAGUUGCUCGUUUCUUCUUAUCUUUGGAUUUCCUUGAUGUCCAUAUGUCAUUCAAUCUAGUCAAGAGCUUCUAUGUGCUCAUAUGGUGCCAUAUUGAAGGAGUGAAUUUGAUGUUUCAAUUUGGGGCUUCGAUAGCAACUCGAUAAUUUAGGACAAAAUCAUCUCCCUUCCUGUUACAUGGUUUAUGGAGGCUCUUGAAAGGGAUGGACUUGAAGAUAUAGAAGAAGAUGAUGAUGAUGGUGAACAAGAGGACAAUAAGGAGGAGGAUGAGGAUGAAGAAGAGGAGCAAAAGGCAUGUAGGAUUAGUUUGGCAUGUUUCUGCAAAGGAUUCAAAUUUUUGCCUUUAUUAUUUGGGGGUGCUGAUAGUUUUUUGGGCUGUCCUUGUGAUUUUUUCAAUUGUCCUUUUAGUCAUCAUCACCAAAGAUGAGAUGAAUGGCUUUUGUGGCAUUUUUCUUAGGUAAACGACGGAAAUUGCCUUUUGUUUUUCUUUAAGUAUGUGACAUAUGUUUAUUCAACAAAACUGUAGAAGAGUGCCAUAGCACGAGCUGAAGAAGGUCAACAUGGAGAACGUCAUCCAGAGUACGAACAACAGUUUGUAUUUUCCUCUAUAGCUUAUUGAAGAAAUGAAAUUAAAAUGGUAUGCACUAAUUACAAAAGUGCUUUUUAUUCCUAAGGAAGUUGCAAUAUGAGACUCCCUUUUUUUCCUGUUUAUUUAUCAAAAUUGGAUGAUCAGUUUAUGUUCCACAUUGGAACUAUGCUGCCUAGCCCAGAGUUAAAAUUGCACUGAAGUCGGCUAAUGUUGUAAAGAAAGCAUCUAGCAUCAAGAUCCAGCCUUGUGAUACCUUCUUUCUGUAUCUCAGAUAUUGUAUGGUUUCUUAAAUUUCUAUAUGGACGCAUGUUUUCUUAAAUUGAGGUAUGCUUGAGUGAGAGUGUUUUUAGUUAUACCGUUAAUGCUUAAAACGGUGCAGAAACAUUUCUGUGAUUGGUAUAAACCUUGUUAGGCUCAUUUUGUGUGUUUAUGAAUGGACUAUACUUUUGUUGUCCAUUCUCUGAGUUCAAUAAUAUUGGCUGAAAAUUGAACCUUAUGGAUUGCUAUUAUGCCUGCUGUUGUGGUAUAAAUAAAAAAAUUGGAAAUUUAUGGGUUGCUAAUAGUGACACAACAUUGAACUUGUAUUCUAGCAUAGGUGUUCAUUGUGUCUCUCUCAAGUUGCAUUUGAAUUUUGCAGCUAUGGAUUGUCCACAUUGUUUAUAAAUCCAACCGGUUAUUGCUUCUUCAAUAUUUCCAGCAUUUUACCUACCAGACUUUCUGUAUCAGGUGGAGCUUGAAACAACAUUUGGUUUCUGCAACUCAGUUUUGUGGCGUCCAGCUAAUGUAAUUAUAUCAUGGGUGGAAUCAACUCUUACACUGGUGGCAUCAGUUAAGUUUGCUUGGACUCGUUCUCAGCACACAACUAGUCGUGCCUUUAUUUAUUAUACAGCUCAGGGUAUAGCAUUUUAUUAAUAGAUGAUGAAGGUUUCUUGAAGAUGUUGAGUGCUCUCCCAUCUUCAAGAGUUGUAGUCUUCAUACCAAUUACCAUCUGUAAAGAGAGAAGAAUUUCAGAGGUCCUGCAAUCUUUGGACAUUCCCUAUAAAGCAAUGUUUUCUUUUUGUAGAACAGUUGUUUCCUAAGUAACAUCAUCCCAUGAAUUUUUAGGACUUUAAAUGGUUCCUUCUUAUAUGUUGAGCUAA